UUAUUGCCAUUGUUGUGAUCGUAGUCAUUUUGCUGUUGUUAUUUAACGAAAGAUAGGAAAUUAGAGAGUACCAUUUGAAAUUUAAGAGUAACUGCACUUCUGUACAAUAUGCAAAUACUUUUACCAGGAACUUUGGUUCUUCCGUCCUUCCCUGGAGCACCUGAACCCAGCGCCUGAUUUACACUAAUCCUCUCCGUUAAUCGCCUCUCGCCAGCUGGUGGGGAUUCAGGCAUCAUGCCGUCAUUGCUGGGUGGUGACAGCCAUAGCGUGUAUAUACAAUUUGACUGGCAAACAAACAGAAAGCUGCUCUGACGGUGAAUUCAGGAGGAAUCUGCAGCUAGCUCAAUGACGAUGAAAAUGGAUGUAGAUGCCAUCAUAGAUAAAAUGGAGACGGGAGAGCAGGACACUGUUCUGGCGGCUCUUCAGAGCUUCAACAAGGAGAUGAACCAGUGCUUCACAUUCAGCAAGGAAGAAGAGCAAGACAGAGAGCGUCUGGGAGAGUUGGUGCUCAGGUUCCUGAACAGAGAGCUGCAGCCUUCCUGUCAACUGGCCUGUCUAGAAACAGUUCGAAUUCUUUCCAGAGACAAAGAUUGCCUGCAUCCCUUCAUCAACCACUCUGCCAUGUCCACUCUCAGCCGCUACGCUGGCAUUGCCCUGGCUGAUACUGCUACACCUGCUGACAGCCAGCCUGUUGAGAACCAAGCCUGCCAUGUCUUCUUGUCAGAGCCGCAGAUCCCUUGUCUUCUAACAGGCAUCUGUUGGUCCCAGAAACCAGGGAGGUUUCCAGUGGAAGGUGAGGGGGAAGAGGAAGCAGAAGUAUCUGGUGAGUUGGUGAAGGAAGCUUCCACUCCUUCAGAAAACCAAGACCAGGAAGUAAUUGUUGAGGGUCUGAAGUCCAUCUGUAACAUCCUGCUACACAACGAGACAGGACAGGUGGUUGCAGCAGAUCUGCAGUUGAUAAAGGGUGUGGCAGAGAGGCUGAAGCAGUGUCAUGAUGCCACCUGGAACCAUGAGGUGCGUUUUUUUGACUUGCGUCUCACCUUCCUGCUGACUGCCCUGCGAGUGGACAUCAGGACACAGCUGACUCAGGAACUUCAUGGCAUCAGUCUGCUAGGCAAACAGUUGGAUGCCACACUGGGUCUCUGUUGGCUAGAUACAUUGGAGACAGCCAGGGCUGGAUUAGAGGGCAUCCCACAUGAAGACUUGCCACCACUGAGCCGGCAGCAAACAGAACUAGCCAUGGAAAUACUGAAAAUACUCUUCAACGUCACAUUUGACACAACCAGGCGCAAGGUCGAUGAGGAAGAGGCAGCAGAGUACAGACAUUUGGGAGCCAUACUAAGACACUGUCUAAUGAGCCAUGCAGACGGAGAGGAGCGGACGGAGGAGUUCCACAGCCAUACUGUUCACUUGCUUAGUAACCUCCCUCUGCCCUGUUUGGAUGUACUGUUGAUGCCCAAAGUGCAACAAGGCUCAAUUGAGUACAUGGGGGUCAACAUGGAUGCUGUCAACAUGCUGCUUGAUUUCAUGGAGAAAAGGCUCGACCGGGGACAUAAGCUGAAAGAGACCCUUCUCCCAUCACUAAAUUUGCUGACUGAGAGUGCCCGCAUCCAUCGAGAGACCAGGAAGUUCCUCAGGUCAAAGGUGCUGCCCCCACUCCGUGAUGUGAAGAACAGGCCAGAGGUGGGCAGUGCUUUGAGGAACAAACUAGUCCGUCUUAUGACACACAUUGACACUGACGUCAAGAACUGUGCUGCUGAAUUCCUCUUUGUUCUCUGCAAAGAAAGUGUUUCAAGGUUCAUUAAAUACACUGGAUACGGUAAUGCUGCAGGUCUAUUGGCUGCCAGAGGACUGCUUCGGGGGGGCAGAGACUCUGGGAUCUACUCUGAGGAUGAAGACUCUGACACAGAGGAGUACAAAGAGGCCAAGGCCCAAAUAAACCCAAUAACAGGAGUUGUAGAAGAGGAGCAGCCAAAUCCCAUGGAGGGAAUGACUGAGGAGCAAAAAGAAUAUGAAGCCAUGAAGCUGGUCGACAUGUUUGACAAACUGUCAAGGACCAGUUUGAUCCAGCCCAUGCAGCUUGGUAUGGAUGGGAAGAUGAGAGAGAUGACUCCAGAGGAUCUGCGUAAACUGACCCACAAUCCUCUGUUUCCACCAGGAGAGCCACCUUGUUCAGACAGUGAUGAAGAUGAGGCUUAGUAAGCACAGAUUAAUAAAGACAGAAACAGAUUCAACUCCUGUGACACCCAGGGAAGACUGGUUUAACUAAUUUAGAUAUUCACAUGCCACAUGGUCCAACCUGUUUCUCCUUACUUAUUCUGAUUGGAGGCAGAGUACAGAAAAUUGGUAGUACAUGGGAGUCUGCUUAAAAGCAGUGUCUUGUAAACUACAAAUCACAAGUGUUUUACUGCUGACCAUUUUCCAAAGAGUACCAUUAGUUUGUUUCCUCCAUCACAGAUAUUUGCAUCAGUUCAGUUGAUUUCACUAUGUAAACCAUGUUGGUUUACAUAGCUCGUGAACAUUGUGUAGCACUGUAACACCAGAGAGUAAAGUGUUAAACAAUAUUGAUAUUUCAUUCAGCAAUGGUUUCAAAUUGACUUUGAAAUUUGACAUGUUGCACUAGUGCUCAGUCAAUUCAAACAAGCAACAACCUCCAGAAGGGUCUUUCAUUUGAGUGACAGCCCAUGCUGUCAGCACAUAUUAAAAGUUGGACUAGAAGUUCACUUGGUCCCUGGUUUAGACCUUAAAUAUAAGCACAGUGCCCUAUGAAUUCCACAGUGUAGAUUUCUUUGACUGAUGAUUUCUUUUAAUUUCCACAGUAUUACACCUUUUUUCAAAAUUUAUUUGAAAGCUUUAAUCCUCAGGAUUGGCUUAAUAACCACACUUAAACGAUAAUCAUCAAAAUUUCUCUCCUGAAAAAGGGUCCAGGUGACCAGGCAACUCUCAAACCUCAAACACUGAGGUUGUCUGUGAGUGCACCAACAGCCAGUUAAAUUUGUGUUAAUUGACUUCCAUAUUAUACUGUCAUAUACUGACUUGAAACUUAUAGAUGUGUGGAAAGUGGAGAUAUAGUAUUUGAUGAUACUCUUUAGCACAUGGUCAACAUGGUGAUGUUAUCUGUAGAUGGAAAAAUAUGAAAAAACAUCAGUAUGGUCUUUUAAAUCAUGCUCCUUUCGAGACAAACAGUCACACAGAGUAUACAUACAGAUACAAUAGAAGUGUUGGUUUUGUUUCUGCUAAAACAAGUAAUAUGCCACUCAUCACUUGCUGUCCUCACUUUAAUGGGAUCAGUUAUUUGUUACACCUCAGGUUGUAUAGGCAUUCUCCUCAAGUGUUUCAGUGUGCCUGAGUCCUCUGUAUGGGCAAGCAUACUGUAUGCCAAAUGAAUCAGCACCUGACACAAAACCUGACACCUGACACAAAAUCUCACAUGCAUGGCAAAAGUUUGUGUGUUUUUGAGGUUGAUGUAUUUCAGUAGGUCUUUAUUAGCAGGACGUCUAAAAGGACUAAGUCAUGAUUGAAAACUCACAGUAUGAAUCGUGAUACAACAUCACGCAGUUUGCAAGACACAAACGAAACAUACAAUAACUAGCUGUGGUCACAAAAGACAACAUGGUCAGAUGGUUUCAAUGUGAUCUGUUGAGAUUCACCUUGAAAGCUAAAAAAAAAUACAUUUAACUGUUAAAUGUCUCUCCAGAGCAAGAUCCCAGCUACUUCUAAGUGAGAUAAUCCAGAGGCCUCACUGUCAACAGUUUGCAUUGAGACCUGAGAACUGUGCUGUAUUCACAGUGAAAACUAGAUAAGUUGAAAGGUGUAAGAAGAAGAGGUAUAUCAUCUCCACUUUUCAGGAGAGCAGAGAACAUCUACGAAAGCUAGCCAAAAAGCUGUAUUUUUGGAAACAAACAAACAAAAAACCUAAUAAUUCUAGAUGCCUGUCCUCAGAUGUUUUAUUUUUAGGGGUGUAACAUGAAACUUAUAAGUUAUAAUUUUAGAGUAAAAAUGAAAUAUUCUUAUGCAGAGAAAGACUAUAACCACACACAUUAAAUAUUAAAUGUAUGAUGUACUCCUUUAUAUUGUUAUUGUAUAGCUGCUAACUUAAUUGUGCACUGUAAGAUACAUUAAAAGUGUUUACAUGAAAAA